GCCGUUGGAGAUAUCUCUAGUAUUUGUAGUCCUUCUCAGUUGAUACCCUGGAUCCCUUUCAAAGGCUCCAGAAGAAACCUUUGGCCGGAGAAAACCCCAAAUCGUGGAGAAGAGAAGAGGGUUCAGACAAGUGCCAACUGCCAUUAGAGUUUGUUAAGGUAAAUUUGACGAGAAAGGCAACGACAUGGAGGAAAGGGACUGUCUAUAGGCUAAAUCCUUUCAAAGAGGCUCUCGAUUCGAAUAAGCUAGAUCAAGGAAUAUGACAAUCCAUUUAGGGAAAAGGAGGCACACAAUUUCAGCUGGCAAAAGGAGAUUUGUGAUGAUUAGAAUUUGCAGGGAAUGUAUUCUGACUUCUAAGGCAUGCUAAGCCACUUUUAGGACAUGUCCAUUGUUAAUUGAGAGAAAUCAAGCUUGACAGAUGGGGACUAUGGAGAUAGCUCAUUUGCAAAAUGGCUGGUAUCAUCAAAUGGAUUUGUAAAUUUGACUUUAUUUAUUUGUUGUUUAGGAUGGGACUGAAGAUAAAUUGUCAAUACUUUCUUUCGGGGUAAGUGGGGUAUAUUUUCAUUUAUGAGUUUUCUGAUUUCUAAUGUGGGAAGAAAAUGGCUUGUAUAGCAAAAAUGGGUUAACCUCAAUCUCUGUUGCUUGGGAAUUAAAUCUAGCUUGAAGAAUGGUUUUGCAGUUGUCUAUAAAAAUGAAUACUUUAUUUUAUGCAAAAUUGUUACAUUAGUCUUAUAUCUUGUGUUGUUAGCCUAAGCUGCCCUUUGGUCAAGUUUUUUGCUUACAAGAAGUUUCACUUUCUUUUCAUAUGGACUCACAGAUUUGCCUCCUAUAUUUUAACCUCCCACUGGUGUUUGUGUUGAUUUUUAUUUGCACAAGGAGGGCUGUAGACUUUCUUUCUUAUCCUCCUGAUGAGUUGAUAGGAGUAUGUGUGUAAUUUUUGUUCUUUUAGUCUUCUCUUUUAGCAUGUCAAUAUUUGCAAUAUGGUUUGCAAUUUGGUGUUCAUUUAAGCUUGCUAGUGAGUUAUUUGGCUUGAUUAAAAUUUCCUUUUGACUAGUAUCGGGAUGAGAACUGUUUCCUGCUGCAUAGCCAUUAACUGGUGAGAUUUCUUUUUUCUAUCUAUGGCCUGUUGCUAUAUAUAUGACAUCUCUUUAUCUCAGGACAGUUGGGUCAUUUAGAUCUUUGAAUACUGGUGAUUGGGUUUUUUAUCAAGCUUUUUCUUUAUUUUAUCUCUUGUCAUUCAACAAUUGCUGCUGGAAAUGAAAACUUCUUUCUUUUUUUUCUUUUUUUUUUAUAGGUAAUCUUUUUCAUAAUGCCAGCAGAAGUAUCAUUAAAUUUUUUUUCUUGUCUAAGCAGUGUGUUUGUCAUCACUUUCUUUAUAGUUUUGGAAUUCUAUGUUUGUGUUUGUUAUGCAAGGCUAAGGAAAAAUAUAAUUAGAAGUGCAGUUAAUGGAAGGUCUUCUGUUGAGCUUGCAACGUUUUAUUCCUGGCCAAGGAAAAAUAUAAUUAGAAGUGCAGUUAAUGGAAGGUCUUUGGUUGAGCUUGUAACAUUUUAUUCCAGUGCUGGUGUUUUACAUCAAGAAGAUUGGUAAUAUGAACUCAACCGUGGAACUACUCUCGUGUGAUUGGAAUUCGAGGUUUCUUUACAAAUUUCACACUCUUUCUAUCAGAGGCUAGAUGAUGCUGAUCAGUCUGGUGGUGGAUAAGGAUUCAAGAUUCUAUCUAUUAGUAUACACAUCAUCAUGUUAAAGCAAUUCUGCUGCAACUUACGAUGCCAUGGCAGGUAAUAUUUAUUUCAAUCUACAUGCAAUCUUAUCUAUCUAAUGCUUGCAUUUGGUUUGCUGUGUGAACUAGCAAUUCACUUUUUUGUGGAGUACUGCAUUUUUUGUCCCUCACCAUUGGUUGCAUUGCCUUUUAAGAUAUAGAAACCCUAGAUGGAAUAAACUAGAAAGAGCAAAGGUUUGAUGUAGGGUGGCUCUUGGUUAGCAAGACCCUUCAACUUUUGAUGCUAUGAGCAAGUAAUAUUUAUUUCAAUCUACAUGCAAUCUUAUCUAUCUUAUGCUUGCAUUCAGUUUGCUGUGUGGUAGAGUCCUGCAUUUUUUGUCCUUCACCAUGGUUGCAUUGCUUUUAGGAUAACUCUGGAUGGAAUAAACUAGAAAAAGGAAAGGUUUGAUGUAGGGUGGCUUCUUGGUUGGCAAGACCCUUACCUGAAAAAUUGAUAAGGGAUCCUACUUUACCUUUUGUUUGCCAUUGCAACUUAUGCAACAUCUUGGGAGAACUUAGAUGAAAAGACGAGCAAUUUCUUCAAAGAUGCUUCUACCAUUCUGGUCAGUAUCAUUUUGAGGAGAACUUGCUUAGCUAGACAAUAAGCUAAAAGAGCAUGAGUUUAUAUGGAGACUUAUGGCCGCGCAAAGAAUCAGCCAAAGGUCAGAUAUACUUUCACACAAGAAUUGCACUAAAUGUAUUUUCUGAGCUGCCAAGUGUAAGUUGAUACAACGCUUGAGCUCCUUUAGGAAAUUCAAUAGAGUAAAUAAAGUUUGAGGAUGGAGAUUUGUAAGAGUACAAGAGAAAGUGACCAAAUUUUGCACUUGAUAUUAUCCUUGAACCUUAAUGAAAAGAUGAAAGUAGAGUUGGAGCACAAUUAUCUUUUGCAGGCUGAAAUUACUGUUCUAAAACAGUGAGUUUGGGAAUAUGAAUAAGUUUUAUCUUAUCUUUUCUUUCUUUCUUUCUUUCUUUUUUUAGUUAUUGUAACACACCUCCCAUAGGUACCAUUGGUCCUGUGCGAGUGUUUAACUACAAAUUUUAGAAAAAUAAUAACGUAACGGAAAUAAAACACUUCUAGAAUA